CCUUAAUAGACUUAUCGCAGCAGAAGGAGGUGCAGUCCAGCUGACCCGGGGCUGAGCAUCGCGUCUGUCCAGCACCCGCUCAUCCAGUUUCCACUGAGGACUUGGCCUCCAACACUUCCACAGGCACCAAAGCGAAACAGCAGAGGAAGCUCGAGAAGUAAACAAGCAUGGGUAACGCCAAGAGUGGAGCCAUGUCCAAGCAGAUCCUGGAGGACCUGAAGCUCAACACCAAGUUCACGGAGACAGAGCUGGUGCAGUGGUACGAGAACUUCCAGAGACAGUGUCCCACGGGUCAGAUCUCUCAGGAGGAGUUUCAGACCAUCUACGCCAAGUUCUUCCCGGAGAGCGACGCCAACACCUACGCUCAGCACGCCUUCCGCUCCUUCGACACCAACGAAGACGGCACUCUGGACUUCAAGGAGUACAUCGUGGCCCUGCACAUGACCUCCACCGGCACGGCCACCAGGAAGCUGGAGUGGGCCUUCGCCUUGUUCGAUGUGGACAAGAACGGCUACAUCACCAAGUCGGAGGUCAAGGAGAUCUGCACGGCCAUCUUCAAGCUGAUCCCCAAACACGAGAUCCCCCGCCUGCCGCCGGACGAGAACACGGCGGAGAAACGAGCCGACAAACUCUGGAAGUUCUUCGAGAAGGAAAAUAACGAGCGAGUGACCGAGAGCCAGUUCAUCAAGGGGGUUCUGGAGAACGAAGCGGCUCUGGGACUGAUUCAGUACCGAGCCGCCCAGUAGAAGCGCGAGCUGCGUCGCCCUCCUGUGUUCGUGCGCAGAAGUCCCAGAGUAGAGCCCUGUUGGUCCUGAAAUAAAGUAAUGAACACACUCUGGUGUGGCGUUGUGUGUGUGUGUGUGUGUGGGAGCGAGUGUUGCACAUGAGAGAGAGUGAGGGUUGUGUUACUGUCUUCAUCACUAGUGUGUGUACUUAACUGUCUGUUCAUGUGUUUUUGCACCUCAAAUCCUAAUUUGUUAAAAAGCUUCAUUAAACAUAUGAGUGUAUCAGCUCCACUCA